UUGCAGUGACAUAGCGCUACUACUAGUUGGGACGGGAAUGCAACAGCGAAUGAGACGGCGAGCAGACGGAGUUGCAGAUAGGCAUAGAUUAUUUUAAGGUGUAGCGUGCCCAGCCUGGACUAGAGAGCAGACCAGUUUACCAAACAUUAAGCGUAUAUAUAAUUGGACUACACCAUCAAAAAAUUCCAGAUAACUUUAUCCACUUCGAUAGCGCUCAGGACAAGCUGGUGACAAAAAACGUGGAUAGGAAGACCCAUCCACAUUAAAAACCUUGUGCAGAAGGUUACCAUCUCACCAGUUAAUUGUUGCUAAUCGGGAAAUGGUCACCUGCAUAAAAGCCUGCAGCUCUCUGCACUCUGGGCAGCAGAGAAGAUCUAGAAAUUGAAGUCUGCUGUUAGCGACAUGGUGGAUUACUAUGACAUUUUGGGGGUCCCACGCAAUGCACCUCAAGACGAUAUCAAGAAGGCAUACCGAAAGCAGGCACUGCGGUGGCACCCUGACAAGAACCCAGACAACAAGGAGUAUGCAGAAAAGAAAUUCAAGGAGAUAGCAGAAGCUUACGAAGUGCUGGCAGACAAGAACAAGAGGGAUGUUUAUGACAGACAUGGAAAGGACGGACUCACAGGACAAACCAGUGAACCCAGCUCUGCAGACUUCCCUGGGUUCACCUUUACAUUCCGCAGUCCAGAGGAAGUCUUCAGAGAGUUUUUCGGGGGUCGGGAUCCGUUUGCAGAUUUCUUUGAUGAUUUCGUCCCCUUCUCCGAUAUGCACAGAAGCACUAGGGGAUCACGACCUGGACCCCGGAGCUUCUUCUCCUUCCCAGGAGCAGACUUUACUUCAUUCUCCUCAAUGGGUGGGUCUGGUGUGGGACAUUUCCGUUCUGUGUCCACGUCCACCAGGAUUGUCAACGGAAAGCAAAUCACAACGAAAAAGGUCAUCGAGAAUGGUCAGGAAAGAAUUGAGGUUGAGGAGGAUGGGCAGCUAAAAUCCAUCAGAAUAAACGGUGUGGAGGAUGAGAUGGCUCUGGCGCUGGAGCUCAGCCAGAGAGAAGAGCAGCAGUCAGCCCUCCAGAGCCAGCACUCCUUCUCCCGUGGGGGGCCCACACAAAGGUCCUUCAGCAGCACCCCCUUCAGCCACUGGAACAGCAGCUGGGACGAGGAUGGGGAGGAUGAAGACCUGCAGCUAGCCAUAGCCAACAGCCUCUCUGCCAUGGAGGGAGCCGGCCCGCACGGAGCAGGUGUGCGCACAGUGAGGGAGUGUACAGGCAGAGGGGGGGUCAGGAGAUCCGAGUCAGAGAGGGCUUCAACUAAACACCAGCAAGAAGGGAAAACAGAGGAGAGUGGUGGGAACAGUGGGAUUACAAGCACUGUGCCAGAGAAACCAGCAGGGAUGGGUAAGAAGGGUAAGACAGGGGAUAGAAACCAGGGAAGUAGCUCAGAGGGGCUUGAAGGAAACCAAGGGUCUUCUCCAGAGGCACAGGUGGAGGGAGGUGACUGUGAUACAGAGCCAAAGAAAAAGAAAAAGUCAAAAUGUUGUGUGUGUUAACACAAAUAACAUGCACUCAUUGGCAAUCACAAAUAACAUGCACUCAUUGGCAAUCACAGUGAUUCACAUUUCCUUAGUUUUCCUGUGAGAAGAGUGAUGCUUCCUGGAAAGGCAAGAAUUUAUCAAGACAUUGCCAACGCAGAGUAAAAGUUUCUUGUAGAAAUCUGCAAUUACUGAAAUAUUGAUCAUUAUGUGUUCACUUGUAAUUUGUUUUUAUGAAUUAAAUAUGUUAUAACUAAAGUUGGAUCAUUUUUGAACUAGUUAGCAAAUUUUAACAUUAUCUUCAGCUGAAAGGAUUAUUAUCUAAUUUCAGACUUUAGUGGAGAAAACAUACAGUGGGUUGUAAGGAAAUGUCCCUGAUUCCACAGUAAACUCGUGGCACAUCACACUAUACUGAGGUUAUCAUGCGGUGCUGCUUGAACUGUAAAACAAAUACUUUCCAGCAGUGUGCCAGAGAGCUUUUAGGAAUUGAAUGGGCUGUGUACUGUUGUUCAUUAACAAGAUGUGCUUUGGGUUUGUUUAAGUCACCUCCCUCUCUUGGGCUGUGUUACUGUAUACUGUAUUUUUUAAUUUGUUGAUUCCAAUGUCUACAGUAGUUUGAAAAAUGAAAAACCAUCUGAAUAAUUUCAGCCAUUUACAAUGAAGAUAACUUUUUUAUUAUUAUUUUUAAAUUAAUUACAAAUUUAACAUUACAUUAAAGCAAAUAAAGAUAACAUCAGCAAAACAUUACGCCAUUGUGGUCGUAUGAUACUGUCUGUAUACCAGUAAUAUAUUUUUUUAAUAUAUAUUUUUAUUGCAAAAAUACACCACUUCUCUGCUGUAACCACUAAAAAGCAUGUGCUCGCGUUGCAUUAAUUCUGAACCUAAUGAAAAUGAAGCUAGAAAGAAACAUACUGUACAAGUGUAUUGAUUUUAACAUAGAAACAAGACAGGAAAAUAUGCUAAAAUAUUAGCUGUGAUAAUGUCUAAUCAUGGUACAUUUUGUUUUUUUCAGCAUUUUCCAGUUUUUAGUUUUUAGCUUCAAUUGCAAUAGCGUUUGGUACUUGAAGGCAUGGAGUUCUGGUGAAACACCUCCAGCUGGUUUGUGUCUACCCAGAGGUUUUUUUUUUUUUAAAUCUGGUGGUUCUUUGAGGGAUUUUUCAUGAGCGUAGUUGCCGCACUUUCCCUGACAGCUAAAGUAUCAGGUUCUGCGGGGCCGAGACAUUUUCCAUGAAUACACUGUGUAUUGCAAAACAGUUGAUUGAGAGAGGAAACAGUGCAUCAGCCUUAUACAAGUACACUGUAAUAUCUCGGCACAGUCAGAGUGUGCUGUCUCUUUAUUGAUGGCAUCACAUCAUCACCCUCACUAGGCUGUUUAUUACAGUGUUUUGUUUUGUGCAGAGCAUUCACCUUUCAGUGCAUUAAGCUGUAGGUUUCUUCAGGUGUGCCUUGAGAGUUCUGUGUGGGGUGAAUUGCUUUAUCAUUGAAUUGGUGGUGGUCAGAUACAGCCAUAGGUAGUUCACCGGAUCAUUGAUUGGUUACUACAAAUUGUAAUGUGAGCGAACCUUAAUUAUGCAAAAAUGUCUGUUAAUUUACCAAUCAGAUGGAUUUUCUAAAUCCUGUAAACGAUAUAUUUUCAUGAGAUGUCAGUGCAUAUACAAAACAGUGUUUGAAGUGUUAGCUUUUCCCCCAUAAUAUUAAUAUUCCUAUUUCCACUGUAUUAUAUUAAACACCACUUUCCUUGAUUGAUAGCCUUUGUCGACUGUAUGGUUUGAAAACCCAUGUAAAUACUGCAGACAGUAGUUGCGUGUUUUUUUUUUUUUUUUUUUUUAACCAGGGUAUAAACCCUCUGGUAUUGAUGCCUCAAGUUAACGUGAACGGCCAUAAUAAAAGUAACAUGUUUCCAAUACCAAAGUGUUACGUAGAUUGCCAGAGGUUUUCUUAGGUUAUAUAACUUUAAACUGCCUUUAUAUAUAUACAGUAUACAGUACAGUAGUAAAAUCAAAUGAAUACUUUUUUUCUUACUUUAGCUUACUGGUAACACAAAAUAAAUCAUGCUGCUGCAUUGUACACAUUGGUGUACAAUGUGAAUAAAAGAUGAUUUUAAAUUGAAACUAAAUGAUUUUUAGGGUUUUUUUAAAUUGUAUGUUAAUUAUUCUUAUUUUUAACUUGGCCUGCUUAGUAGCCUAGACAAUUAACAACAUAAAUCAUGGUCCUAUACAGAUGCUCAGAAUGAGCUGGAGGUGUUAGUGGCACAUGUGUGCAGUCUAUUGCUCCCAACACGCUGGGAAAACCAGAAAUGUCAUAGAAAUGUUUUCAAGGCUUGUAAGCACACCCUGACUUUAAUGAAAAUUAGGUACUUGGGUGUUCAUCUCAAAAAUACAUUGAGCACAACUGGCUCCACCCUAUUUUUGCGAAUUUCUGCAGAAUGCCCAGAAUUACAUAUUCAUUUAAGGCUAAAGUGCAAAAAAAGAACUGUGGCUGCAAAACAUUUGUUAAAAUGAUGCUAACAGUGUUGCGUUUGUUUAGUACUUUUCACACUACAUUUCCGACUGGUUUGCAUGUGGUUUGCAAAGAUUGCGACAGACGCAACACUUUAGUACAUCUACCCCUAAAUAUCUUGUACAGCUAACACUGCCCUCUUUAAAUAGAUGCAGAGUAUUUGUAGAUCAAGCCGUCACAGCAGGGCAGAGGUACCACCACAAUGUAUAAUUAAAUAUAUGCAAAAAUCCCAUACAGUUGCAGUGGCACCCCAAAUACUUUGUCCCACACAGUCAUUAGGCAUUAGUAGUAAAUAAUAACAAUCACACAUCUCUAGUAUGUAACAGCACAGUAAUGAUGAACACACACACACACACACACACGUAUCUAUUAUGUAACAGCACAGUAAUCUAAUGUGUUUUUCCAAGGCGUAGUGUUGCACAUGUCUGUUUUCUCACUGUUCUUCUUUUAUAUCCUUUUUCAGCUAAGUAAAGUGAGGAAUCUUGUGUCAGGGAGAAUUUAGAGGGCCCGAAGAAACUUGCAGGAAUAGCAAAAAAUAAAAAGAAAUUGAGAGAAUUGCAGGGUAUUGAUUGCAUUUUUAAAUGGAAACAAAAAAAAAAUGGUAAUAGUUUAGUCCAGUAAGACAUACAUUUUAACAUCCCAGUUAUAUUUGUUCUGACUAAAUGAAUUGUUCAUAGGCUGUAGUGUAUUUAAUUAUAACUUUAAGUGUAGCAGCAUGGGGGCAUUAGAAAGUGCCAAACAACAAAAACUGAUAAUUGCAAGAAUGUUAUGCUAAAACCUAGGAAAUGUCUGACAUAUCAUUAACUAUGUUUUAGUUUGUUUUUGGUACUUCCUAAAAUACAGUACUGGGACCAUUCUGUGUUAAAAUAACAGGAUGCAAGCAUGACAUUUGACUUGAAUGGAUUGACGUUCAGUGUCGUCUUUAUGAGUUGAGGAGUGUUGCCUUGGGUAUGAAUGUAUUGCAUUGACAUCAUCACUCAGUUGAAAUCUGUAUUUAUUGCUGGGUUCUCAGAGUUUCUGAAAUCUGUGUUAACUUCAUUUCUGGGUUCUCGGUUUCUUGUUUAGUUGUAAUGAAGUGUGCUGCAGUUAGCAGUAGGGAGAGGGCUCACACACAUUCUUUUUUAGUUGUAAUGAAGUGUGCUGCAGUUAGCAGUAGGGAGAGGGCUCACACACAUUCUUUUUUAGUUAUAAUGAAGUGUGCUGCAGUUAGCAGUAGGGAGAGGGCUCACACACAUUCUUUUUUAGUUGUAAUGAAGUGUGCUGCAGUUAGCAGUAGGGAGAGGGCUCGCACAUUCUUGUUUAGUUGUAAUGAAGUGCACUGCAGUUAGCAGUAGGGAGAGGGCUCACACACAUCCUUCAAGCAUGAAAGGCCUCUUUCUGUUCUGUAACUUCCUCUGGGUUUCACCCAAUGGGUCUGUCCAAUCUAUGGAGGUAAAUCUAGUUGCCAGUUUUAAGAGACAAAAACAAACUAAAUACUACGAAGGUUUUACCGAACAGGGCUGGCAAUGCUGGCUACCAAUUGAUAUUAACUAAACAGCCCUAUACUGUACACCUGGGCUUUCAUUCCUUCUAUUUGGAGUACUGUUCCUGAAAUGUGCCAUAUUUUUCACAUUGAUGACGAUAACAAAAAUCAGAUCUUGUAAAGAUUAAAAACAGAAGUCAGUUUCCCUGGAUUCUUGGUUGCUGCUGCACUGCAGCUGCCCCAGAGUCAGAAUAAGACACCACAGCCCUUCAACCCAUCUGUAGUUAUAGCUAAUAACAUCAUUUGAUCUUACCUGCUGUGUACGCACACAUGUUUUCUAUGUAUUUCGUUUUGUAUGUGGUACUAGGUUAAAGAAUGUUCUCAAUGUGCAUGCAUUACACUCAGGUGGUGGUACUGUGUCAACUUCCAAAGCCUUCACAUCAUCUGUGACUUUUGGGUCAAGCAUGUCAUUGUUUACACUCUUCAGGAAGUGCAAGACUACCUUAAAGUAAUGAUGGCAUCAGAGAAUUCUUUAACAUCAAACUGGAUUUCAAAUGAAAAUACAUCUCUGCUAAACAGUGCGGCUUUUAAUACCUGCUCAUUGAGUUCUUACCUGUAUUUAUCAGAUGUUUUAGCUGCUUCAUAAUCAGCCCCCUAGCAUGGUCACUGGGGAACUGUGCAGUCAAGAAUGACCAUGAUCUUACUCUCAUUCCAGCACUUCGGAGGAGACUGCUCCUGUUGUUGUUUGGUUGCUGACCAUUUGGCUAACAAUACAAAUGUAUUUGUAUAUAACACCAUGGCAUCCCAAAGCGCUGUACACAGUGACAAACAAAACAAGAGCUCAAUAUGGAAUACACUAGAGUUACAACCAAUUAUAUAAAAAAGUAUGCUUUCACAUUAGACUUCAGUGUUUCAACCUGCCUAAUGGUAACCGGAAUAGAGUUCAACAACCUAAGUGAACAAUAGCAAAAAGCUCUGGCUGCAGUUGAUUAAAGACAAAUUUAUAUUCAGCCAGUUUAUAGCAAUCCAUGAUCGGCAGAGGCAGAAAAUGGAGAGAUGCUGGUUCCUUUUUCGAAUCCCUUCUUUAUUUCUCUGCCUGCUUUAUCAGCACCCAUACAGAGACCACAACUUUGUCAGCUUCACAGGAAUCAACACAGGAACCAUGGCAACCAGAACAACACACACCCAUAAUGACGUCAAAGUGCCCUUACUCAGUUUCACAGACGUGUCUUAUACAAAGUAAACGAGGAAAAGAAUAAUAAUAAUAAAAUAAUAAUAAUAAUAAUAAACGAUGGUAAUGGGGAGAAUAUCAAAACAAUUGCAAUUGUGUUUUUAAAACAAUUUACAACAGUAGGACGCAGCAACUGUAACGAUUGUGUGUAUGCGUGCAGAGGUUGCAUGUUGUGUGGAUGUGUGUGUAGGGGAAUUGAAUUGCAGGUUUGGCGUGAUAGACAUGGGAGCGGGGGUCUGAUUAAGGAGCGGAGAGAACGAGGGGAUAUAAGGGGGAGCGUGGAAAAGACCAGGAGAUUGGGGGGAGACCAGAGUGUGAGAGAAGGUUGUGUUUAGGGGAGAUGGAGAGAAAGACAGGUUAGGGUAAGAAAAGACAAAUACCAUUGAAUCAUUUUAUUUUCAUUUUCGACUCCCAGUUCCCUUCCCUUACUUUAUGAUUUUAUUUUAUUAUUUAUGUCAAAAAUAAACGGUUUGAGCCUUCAACUCGA